CGUUUCUGGAGGAAGAUGUUUCUAACCAUGUUAUAUUUUAUUCUUGUUUACAGAAGACACAUUGUGGAGACAGGAUGAAGUUGACCAGUGAAAAGUUGCCCACGAACCCCGUUUAUACCUCUCUCAUAACCCAGUAUGCUUUCAAGAACCAAAAAUUAUUCCAAUGGAGAAAGGAAAAGACUGGCACAAAUCCUGAUCAUUACAGCCAUGCUACUUUGGUGGAUAAGGCCCUGCAGCUCUUGAAGGAAAGAAUAAGAAGAGGGGACUCUCUGGCAUAUUUCCUACGAGGUCAACUGUAUUUUGAAGAGGGAUGGUAUGAAGAAGCAUUACAACAGUUUGAAGAAAUCAAGGAGAAGGAUCAUCAAGCAAUUUACCAGCUAGGAGUAAUGUAUUAUGAUGGGCUGGGGACGCCUGUAAACGCUGAAAAAGGAAUGGAAUAUAUGAAGAAAAUUGUUGAGUCUCCAUGUCCCAAAGCAAGACAUUUACAAUUUGCAGCUGCUUACAACCUUGGAAGAGCUUAUUACGAAGGAAAAGGCGUCAAACGAUCAGAUGAGGAAGCUGAAAGACUGUGGCUUUUUGCUGCAGACAAUGGAAAUCCGAAAGCUAGUGUGAAGGCUCAAAGUAUCCUAGGGUUAUAUUACUCAACAAAAGAGCCUAAAGAGCUGGAGAAGGCAUUUUUCUGGCAUUCUGAAGCAUGUGGCAAUGGGAAUCUGGAAUCCCAAGGUGCACUUGGCCUCAUGUACUUUUACGGACAAGGCAUCCGCCAGGAUACGGAAGCUGCCUUGCAUUGCUUACGGGAGGCAGCGGAACGUGGAAAUGUCUAUGCCCAAGGGAAUCUUGUGGAGUAUUACUAUAAGACGAAAUUUUUCACAAAGUGUGUUACAUUUUCCAAAAGGAUUGCUGAUUAUGAUGAGGUUCAUGACAUCCCCGUGAUAGCCCAGGUCACGGACUGUCUCCCAGAAUUCAUCAUCAGAGGCAUGGCCUUGGCGUCUUUCUACCAUGCACGAUGUCUUCAGCUUGGCUUGGGGAUCACCAAGGAUGAAGCAGGAGCUAAACACUAUUAUUCUAAAGCCUGUCGUCUGAAUCCUGCGUUGGCAGAUGAACUCCACUCUCUACUUAUUCGUCAAAGAAUUUAAACCAGAAUGCAUUUCAACAAUGAUCAUCAAUCCUAACACCGUACAACGUGUAUAUUUUUACAGUAGCUGAGUUUGGUUAUUUUCUGCAUCUGCAGUUACAUUAUCCUGGGUAUUUUAGUGAUGACAUGUUACCUUUGUUCUUGAAUCUGUAUGCUGUAAUUUCUACAACUGGAAGAAUCCUCAGAGAUCCACCCUUAGCCUACAGACUGGCCUAGGCCACAAGUACUAACAAGCAUUCCGUAGAACAAGCAUCCUUCUCCUUUCUGAAAUACAGAGUCCCAAAAGAUUCAGUGCGGUUUUAGCUUUAAUCACUUCACAAGUGUAAAUGCUACUACAGACAUAAAAGAUUCGUUGGAAAGAUUAAUUCUUUAAAUUUCUGUGACUAGUUUUAUGAAUUUUAAAUUUAAAAAUAUUAAGUGACUGAAACAAAAAAUUAAAACUAAACAUUUAUUAUUCAAAUGUUUGGAUGUCCCCGCCAUGCCUUCAAAGACCUUAAUUUAAUGAGUAAAAUAAUUGCUAUAUUUCUGAUGACUAUUCAUAAUUAAAAGAAGAUGUUUGUGUUUUAACCUAUUUUUAUGCUUUUUAAAUACGAAUGUACUUCAAAAUAAAAUAAAUGUUUAAAAAACCUCAAUGAAAUCAUCUACCAAAAAUCACUAUGGUUAAAUAUGGCUAAACAAUUAAAUUAGCAAGAGACCUCCCUUAUCAGUGAUGUGGAUGAUGGCAAAAGUUGACAGACUAGAGGAUCCACAUGCAGAAGACUCUAUGGAUACGUAUCUGUGAAACAAAUAUAUUGAAGAUGAUAUGUCUUAAAGAUGCCUUAGGGAUACCUUAGUUGUAUCUUCUUUGCAAACAUACCAAUGUGGCUUUAUUUUAUAAAUUACAACCAUCCUUUCCAAAAGUGGAUUUAUCUUAGUUGCAGGAAAAUGCAAGUAAUAUGUAUGUGCCAGUCACGAAAGAACUAUUGGAUGGCGAAAAUUAAUGCUCUUGUUUGAAGUUCUGGUUUUUCUGUAUUACUGGAACUUCAUUUUAUCUUUAUAUAAAGGGAAGAAAGUUCAACAGACUUAGGUCUGUAAGAAGCCCUAAAGUAUACUUCUCUCUCUUAAAUCUCUCAAAAAGUAUAAACUUAAAUCAUCCUUGAAAACUAGUCUGAGAAAUCCCAAACAUAGGAACAUGCCACAUGUGGUAAUAUACUACGCCUAAGUAUCUUCAAGGAGUCCCUGGGUGGUACAAAUGUUUAAGUGCUCAGCUACUAACAGAUAGGCUGGCAGUUCAAAUCCACCCAGAGGCACCUCAGAAGAAAGGCCUGGUGAUCUACUGCCAAAAGAUCACAGCCGUGGGGAAUCUUAUGGAGCACAGUUCUACUCUAAAACACAUGGGGUCACCAUGAGUCAGAAAUGACUCCACGGCAAAUGGUUUAGUUUUUUUGGUUUAAAUGUCUUCAGUAAGUCCAACACAGAAUUAUAAAACCAUCACAAAGCAGGUGCUUCUGGUACAGGUGAACCCGUCAACCUCCCCGGCUGCGUGCUGUGGUGCACACCUUGACCCUGUGAGUGGAGCCAGGCAGUCCUUAAACUCAAGUGAGCUGAGGCUUCCAGAUCAUGAUACAUUUUGUUAAAUCAAACUUCUGUAAGGUUCCUUUUAGCCGUUAUCUCAUGAAAAAUGGAGAACUUAUCAUAAGAAAUAUUGAGGAGUCAAAAUAAUAGUUAUUUGCCUCAUUUGAAGCAUAAACGUUAACAGCUACAGCUUAAAUUAUAGGAUAGAAGUGUAGAUGAGGUAGCCACUUCCAGCAGCUGUGCUAUGCUGAGUUCUCUGGGCCUGGCAACUUCACGUUGCUUCUCUUCGCUGAAUUUGAAUCGUCCUUUCUACCUUUCUGUGAAGGAUAAUUCUUAUCCAUGUAAAUGACCAGCGCUGGGUUUGUCAAAUAUCCUGGUUUAAAAAAGGGAUCAAGAGCUGUAACUAGAAGAAUCUCAGAGACAACAUUUGGUUUACCAAUUUUUAACCAUUAUCUUUCAGAACUUAUGUUUCUUAUCAAGAACUUGGCAAGUAUGAUCUAUCAAUACCACUUUUAAUUUAUAUGGUAUUUUUCCUUCAGAGAUUCCAAACUAAAUUUUUGCCUGUUAAUUGUUUUGUUUUCAAUAUUCCUGAGGGUUAGAGGGAAAAAACAACAACAGUUAGCAUCACGUUGAUUUUGACUUGAAGCAACCCAUGUGUUUCAGAGUAGAACCUCCUGGUUAGCAGCCGAGAACUCAACCAUCUGCACCACCCAGGACGCCUAGAGGUUAGAGAGGGAAAGGUGUUUGUUUUCACCACGUACAGAUGGUGACACCCAGGGAAACUGAUGUAGUGACUUGUCCAUGGCCCCACCAUCAAGUAACAAAACAAAAUCUGUACCUCGAGUCUCAUCUACGGCCCCUUCUGAUCCACAGACUUGAUGAUACAAUGAAGUCCCUAAACCCCUGAAAUAAUCCCCUCCUCUUUCUGCUUCCCUACCUCCUUUCCCUACCUCCCCUUCUGUUUCCUGCCCAUCCUUCAAGGCUCAGCCCACAGUCAGGUACUAAUUUGACUCUUCUCAUUCACUACAAAUCUUUGUUUUUCCCUAUAUAUCUGUUUCUGGAAAGCAGCAGCCAACUUGAUACUUUGUUGCAGAAAUACUUACAUGUACAGUGUCCUCUACAGAGAAGGCACUCUGAAGUGUUUCAGCCUCUGUUUUGAGACAGAAGCAUCCUAAUCAUCACGGCCACCCCCUGUCUGUCAGUUUGCCGUACUGUGUUGGCCUGUGUGUUGCUGUGAGGCUGGAAGCUAGGCC